AGCCAUUUUGGCUCAAGCCAAGCUGGCUCAAGUCGUUGUCCCAUCCCAGGUGAGCCACAGAUAAAGAGCACUGCGAAUGGCUUCUGAAAGCUUGUCUGCGCAAGAUUGGUCAGGCUUGAAAGAAAACGUGAAUGAUCGUUCACAGGUGCAGGCUUUAGUCGCGGCCUUGUUCCUGACGAUUACAUAUGCUCUGGACGGCACCCCAACCGACAUCCAUGAUUUUGCAUUGUGUAGUGAGGCUGAAGGUGACGCCCUAUGUACUUGCUCAAAUGUGCACGGCUCGUGCGGCAGAAGUGAGGACAUGCUGGCAGCCUACCGCGUCCUGAAUUAUAUGGCAAGCAUGGUAUUUAUCGUUGUCCUGGGCAUGAUCUUUACGAUUCUGUCGAACUUUGCGAAAGCCGACAAGGUAUGGGUGGCGCGAUACUUCGAGCAGGUAGGUUGGGUUGUCGACGGUAUGGACAAGGUGAUGUAUGCCGGAUGUGCUUUCUGGCUCGCUGGUUUUACGGUUCAGAUGUCUUUGAAUCUGAGCCCUGGUGAGUUUGGGAUGUGCGUCGCAUUCGAAGCCGCGGCUUUUGUCAUCACCGUUUCGGUCAAGAUAUGGAUGCGGUGGACGCGCAUGUCCAUGAGUAAGAUUGCGGACGCAGGCGGUUAUCAUCACGCAUGAGCUGCAGGAAGCGUACGAGCCCCAUGUGAAUCAAUGUAAAUCACAGGAGCAAGAGGGCGCGAAAUUUGCGGCGUUGCUCGAGAUGGCCUGCCAGAACCACAGAGCGGUGAGCUCCAUCGCACGAUUUUGCCACUGCCGCGCUUUUUUGCUCCCACCGGUGACGGGUCAACGGUGGCGCCUUGCUCAUCUCUGUGGGCGGACUCCCCCUCCUCCGUCGUCCCUGUCUGGUCUCCCUCUUGCGUGGUCUCCCCUUCGCUCCUCCCGAUUUCUCCUUCGUCCCUCCCUCGAGUUCUCCCUCGCCCCUCCCUCGUCCCUCCCCCUCCUUCGGCCCUCCCCCGCUUUCUCUUCUCCCUCCCCGCCGCCCAGUCCACGGGCGGACCCCACGCGACGCCGAGGGGUCUCACGCCGCGCCCAGUGGUGCGAGGCAGAUGCUCGGGUAGCAUCCCUCCUUUCUCCUCCUCCUCCUCCUCCUCCUCCGCCUCCGCCUCCGCCUCCUCCUUCCUUCCCUCCCUCCCCGUCGCCUGGGCAGCGAAGACUGCCCGGGGGCCAGCGGUGCCUCCCCGCCAGCAUGUACAAUAUUCUCGCUGCCGUGCCAGAAAAAAAACAUCUUGUGGUGGUGGGUCCUCGUUUUGAA